CAAUUUACUAUAUUGGUAUGCAGUUUUCAUAACAGUUCAACCCACUCAAAACGAUCACACACAUAUACGCCACAUAUGUACAAAAUAUACAAUGCUAUAUGGUAUACAUAUGUAUAUACUUAUACCAUUCAUACUAUAAUUUGCUAACACGUAUGUGUGUGCAAUUAAGUAUAACUACGGAAAGCGAAUGGUGCUUCUAAAUUGAUCCAUGUUUUCCAAAAGCGAGAUGUGAGAGCGUGUGCACGUACCGUUGUUGGAAUGGAAUAACAGUAGCUUCCAUCAUCUUUAUUAAUGUCAACAGCUAGUAAAAUUAAGAAGAAUGAGCAUUGGAACAACAAUGAAUAGCAACAAAUCGGCAAUAAUGUUGAGUGCUACUGGAGAAUAUAUCGCUUAUCGCUCCUGAUCUGCUUAAUGGUGAUGAGCUGCCCUCUCUAGUUGAAAACUGUGCUGCGAGCUUUAACGUUGUGCGCGCUGUGUUAUGUUCGACUUGCGGAAUAAUCACAAAAUAUUACGUUAAUAACGUGUUAAAAUUGAAUUUAUUUUUGAAAAUAUUUAUAUGAAUGUUUAAAAUGCAGUUGCAAUUUUUUAUGCGUUUUCUUGUGUUUCAAUUCAGCAUACUUUGCUGUUUUGCCAUAAAUCAAUAUCAAAGCUAUGAUGAUGUGCCCUCAAGCACGGAUCGAAAUUUCUACACAAAUUCGCUUUUGUGCAUGGAUAUUAAGCCCCAACACUCUGUGGAUAUAGGACAGAUCACGGGCAUGUGGUAUGGGAGCGAAAUCAUUAUUCAUACUCAGGAUAUACCCGGUAUUUACGAGUAUGACAGUUGCGUAAUAAUUCAUCUGAAUGAUAUAACCGAACAAAUGCGCAAUCAUUAUAAUAAUCAACAAUACACGCAACAAUACAAUCAACGACGUACUCAAAACGAACAACAACAACAACAUAUACAAAACACAAACAACGAACGCAAUUCAGCACGUUACCUCCGAUUAAUUUGGAGCGAAAGUGAUAAGAAUCUGGAGUACAUGUUUAAUUACACCGAAAGAAGUCCAGGUUUAUGGACAAAUAUAGGGGAACAGCGGGGCUCACUAGUGGCGCUCAACUCUUAUAACCAAUUUACAGGUACUGUGCAAGUGGUGAAAGCCGUUAAUGAUCAUUUGGUAUUGACAUUUUGCGGCAAUGAUAUGUCUAGUUCCAUAUACACGCUGGUCCUUAGUCGAACGGAAAAGGGCCUAAGUAUAGAGGAGUUGCGUGGUAUUCGAAAUCUGCUAUCGAGACGCGGUUUACACACGGAGACGAUUCGAAAGGUGUGCAGUUCAGCGGCUGCGAGUCCGGCGAUAAUGCAUAUUUCCAUUUUAACACUACUUGGAUUAUUUGCUAUGCUUAAAUCCUAUUCUAACCAUUGAAUUUUUAAUUGGAUUCUAAGUCUUUUGUAGUUCGACAUCUUUCUCAUUUUCGGCGCUUAAAUUCAUGCAAUAAUCUCUAUACUUGUACAGCUAAUUGAUUUGAAAUACAUUUACUAAAAACUCAUUUAA